AUGGAACAAGAUGACAGGCCGCUAACACCGGCAGAGUUGGAAGUUGCGUGGUGGCCCAUGCAUUCUGUGCGAUCCUUGACCCUCAGCGAUCAACACCUAGCCAGAAAAUGCCCCCUCACUCCCUACGGCGGUCGUCGCGAGAAAGCAAAGUAUGGCCUGGGCAGACUUGAUGUUCUUCCUUUGGAGAUUGUCAACAUGAUUCUACUUCACCUGGAUAUACAGUCCUGCACAUCACUGCAACGGACCAACCGUCGAGGAUACGACACAGUACAUGAACUGCCGCAGCUCCAGGCUGUCAUCCGACACUGCCCAAAUGUUCUACGUGGGAUUCUCGGUACCGAGAUGGCUUCCUUUAUCGGAUACCAACAGCUACUCAACAAGCUCACCUCCCCGACCUGUGAGUCCUGCAUUGACUUCGGCGGGUACCUAUACCUUCUUACGUGUACUCGUGUCUGCUUCCGCUGCUUUACCAAACUUCCCAACUAUCUGCCGAUGUUGAAAUCUCAGGCUUGUCGUCGGCUUGGUGUCUCUAAGACCGACAUCAAGCUGCUGCCAUGUUUGAAGAGCGUCCCUGGCCACUACACCAUCAACAGAACGAGCUGCCGUCGACGGCUUGUUCUCAUUGAUACACAGACUGCUCUGCAGACCAGCAGCACUGUCAGUCAGAGCCGCGCCUCUACCGGAGGGACACAUGGCACAACAUUACCCGCCGAACAGGGCUUGACGGCAUGUUCUUCAAGGUUGAUAGCCCAAAGAGCGCAAGAAGCGAGGUCGCGGCGCCCGGAUGCACCUCGUGUCAAGGGCCCCAUUGAUACUCUAGCGCAAAACCCUAGGAGGUUCAUGGCGAUUGUUGAAAUACCUUACCUCAACCCUCGGACCGGGAGAGCAUAUUGGGGGUUUCGCUGCUACGCUUGUAACGAUUACUUUGACAACGUCAGACAUUCGAAACGUCAGUUCCUGAUUGCUGGUUUUAGACAACACAUGCGGCAGUGUGGCGGCGUUAUCAACGGCGAACAUGUGGGCGUAACAAGCGAAGUUGACGACGGCCAACAAUCGAGCUUAGCGGGCCAAGAAGACCACUGA